GCGCACACGCACCCAACGACUAACGCAUGCGACUAAUCGCAGAACAAUCGUGCUAGUGUUUGUGACUGUGAUAAUAAACUUAAUUAAUGGAUUGCGAUAUUUGAAAAAUGGACGAAACGUGACACUAAUCAAAAGCGAGCUAAACCUCCAAUACAGUGAUCUUGAUCUCAUAAUAAAUCAAAAUGCCGGCCAUACUGACCAAAAUACGGGAGCAGGCGUCGCGGGUGCAGCCGUCGAUCGCUGUCGGCGUCGGUGUAGGCGUGGCCUUAGCUGCGUGUGCGCUAUACGGCACGAGGGAGAGGAAGCAAGCUCCUUGUAACAACAAUAAUAAUAAUUAUAAGAUUGCAAAAAAUGGCGAGUUACAUUCAGUGCAGAAUGGGUCCAACGGGCAAACGUGCGGCGGGCGGUGUGGCGCCGAGCAGUGCGCCCUCUGUCGGGGGGACGUCGAUACCGACAACAAACAGAAUAUCGACGACGCCGAAGAACCCGCGCCCGAAGAAAAGCAUGUUCCCGGUCUAAACUUAGAGUUCCUCCGGCAAAUGGUCUCACUGGCUAAAAUCAUGGUGCCAGGGUUCCGUAGCCAUGAAGUAGCCUUGCUGACUGGACACACGCUGUGCUUGUUCACGAGGACGCUACUUUCCAUCUAUGUGGCAGCUUUAGAGGGGUCUAUAAUGAAACACAUAGUCCAAAAGGACCUAAAGAAAUUCGCAGCCCUCCUCCUCCAGUGGUUCGGUAUCGCCAUCCCAGCGACCUUCAUCAACUCCAUGAUCAGAUACCUAGAGAGCAGACUAGCCCUGGCCUUCAGGACGAGACUGGUGGACCACGCAUAUGACCUGUACUUUAAGAACCAGACUUACUAUAGGGUGGCUAAUUUGGAUGCUAGGAUUGAGAACGCUGAUCAUAGAUUAACAGAAGACGUGUCAGUAUUCACGCAGUCUGUGGCGCAUCUAUACGGGUCCCUGACAAAGCCCUGCUUUGACCUGCUCCUCAUAGUGUUGACCCUGGCCAGCUAUUCUAGCAAGAUGAAGGGCAACAUCUUUAUUGGACCCGGCUUCGCCACAGUGGUCAUCUGCAUGACCGGCCAAGUGCUACGGAUGCUGUCGCCUCGCUUCGGGGCCUUGGCUGGAGAGGAAGCUAGGAUGAAGGCCAACCUCCGACAUGUACACGCGUCUAUCAUCGCUCAUGCUGAGGAGGUCGCGUUCUACGGUGGACACAAGGUGGAACUAGGCCAGCUCCAAUCCGCCUACAAGCAGCUCGUUGCCCAGAUGACGGGCGUGUUCAACAAGAAGCUGUGGUAUGUCAUGCUGGAGCAAUUCUGCAUGAAGUACGUGUGGAGCGGCACCGGCAUGGUCAUGCUGGCGCUGCCAAUCCUCACCGGGACCAAGGGAGACGGGUCGACAAGCGAAGGUAUCAGCGCGCGAACAGAAUACAUGACUACUUCUAGACAUCUGCUAAAUUCUGCGGCGGACGCUAUUGAAAGACUUAUGUCCAGUUACAAGGAAGUAGUAACGCUGGCUGGCUACGCUGAACGCGUGUCCGAUAUGUUGGACGUUUUCGGCGAGGUGGCGCGCGGAGAAUGCGUCCGAAACGUCCACGUGUCCGCCUCCAAGGACAACCCUAACGCCUUCCAGGUCACAUUCAAGGACAAACGGCCCGUGCCGCAAGGAAAAAUAUCUUACACGAACGACCUGUCAAUCCGACUUCGCAACGUGCCUAUAGUCACGCCAGCGUGCGACGUAGUCGCUAGUGGCGUGUCGUUAGACAUCGCGCCGGGAACACAUCUGCUCAUAGUGGGGCCCAACGGCUGCGGCAAGUCCAGCUUGUUCCGCAUAAUCUCCGGGCUGUGGCCGGUGCACGGCGGCACGCUGGCCGUGCCGCGCCCGUGCGCCUGCGCACACUGCUCCGACGACGCGCCGCCAACCGGACACUGCACGUCUAGACCCAUCAUGUUCUACAUCCCGCAGCGACCUUACAUGUCAAUGGGCUCUCUAAUGGACCAAGUGACGUAUCCGACGCGCGUCUCGCCCGACGACCAAGAAGCGUUUGACCGCGCCACGCACAUCCUCAAGGUCGUGCGCCUAGACGCAUGCGCGGCGCGGCAUGGCGGCCUCAAGGCCGUGCGUGAUUGGCGGGCCACGCUCAGUGGGGGGGAGAAGCAGAGGAUGGCCAUGGCUAGAAUGUUCUAUCACAGUAAGAAGCGACGGGGUAACAUUAUCAAGGUCGUGCGUCUAGACGCAUGCGCGGCGCGGCAUGGCGGCCUCAAGGCCGUGCGUGAUUGGCGGGCCACGCUCAGUGGGGGGGAGAAGCAGAGGAUGGCCAUGGCUAGAAUGUUCUAUCACAGUAAGAAGCGACGGGGUAACAUUCUCAAGGUCGUAUGUUUGGACGCAUGCGCGGCGCGGCAUGGCGGCCUCAAGGCCGUGCGUGAUUGGCGGGCCACGCUCAGUGGGGGGGAGAAGCAGAGGAUGGCCAUGGCUAGAAUGUUCUAUCACAGGCCCGUAUACGCGUUGCUCGACGAAUGUACGAGCGCCGUUUCCAUGGAAACGGAGGUCGUCAUGUAUGAAGAGGCGGUGAAGGAGGGCAUUACACUCCUCUCUAUCACACACAGGCCUAGCGUAUGGAAAUACCACACUCACGUGCUGGAGUUCGACGGAGCUGGCAGCUGGUCGUUCCGGCCUCUGGAGAAAGAUGCGCCAGCCAUCACCCCUCCCCCCCCUCCCACCACGACACAGAGCGACAGUGAUUAG